UUGUUUCGGCUACCACCGCUUGUGUUGGGCUGGAUCUCACUGAUUUAUCGUCGGGUGCCUUUCCCGGAGGAAACCCUCCCCACGAAGGAGCGAAGACCAGGAGGAAGUGUGGUGGAGGGAGGUGGGGGGCGGGAGAGAGCUCGCGAUCCGCUGCUGUGGUAGUGCUGGUGCUGUUGUUGGUGGUGGUGGUGUUGGAGGUGGUGGUGGCUGUUCGGUGCACAUGACGCGCAGGAGAAAAAAGUGCGUGGGCGGAUGAGGAAGUUGAGAGCUGGGAUUGAUGGUUCCACACCUUUUCACUGCGCUGGCACUUGAUCGCGGCAGCAACGCAGCAGCAGCAGCGGCAGCAGCAGCAGCAGUCCACCGGUUCCUGCGAUCAGAGGUGAUCCGCGCGUGGGAAAAUGACAAUCAAGUUUGUGGUCACCCUCCUCACACUUUUGUUCGCUGGAGGUGCUCGCUCUGAUUUACGGGAAUAUGGCGACGACGAUGAGGAUCAUCAGGACACCACUGUCAAUCAAAUGCUGGUGCCCAGGUCGCACCAGGAGGACGCAACGCUCAUUCUGAACAAUUUGCUCAAGGAGUACGACAAGACUCUACGCCCAGACAUCGGAGAGAAACCAACAGUCAUAGAUGUGGGCAUCUAUAUCAACAGCAUCGGCCCUGUGUCAUCCAUUGAUAUGGAGUACCAGAUCGAUAUUAUCUUCGCCCAGACUUGGGUGGACACCCGUCUGAGGUAUAACAGCAGCAGCAUGCGGAUUCUAACCCUCAACAGCAAUAUGGUCGGUCUGAUCUGGCUGCCCGACACCAUCUUUAGAAAUUCCAAGAACGCCGAUUCUCACUGGAUAACGACGCCCAAUCAGCUGCUCCGGAUCUGGAACAAUGGGAAAAUACUUUAUACUCUGAGGAUGACCAUCAACGCAGAGUGCCAGCUGCAGCUCCAUAAUUUCCCAAUGGAUGAACACUCCUGUCCUCUCGUCUUCUCUAGCUACGGCUACCCACGAGAUGAGAUUGUGUACAAAUGGAAGCGAAACUCAGUGGAGACAUCUGAUCAGAAAUACUGGAGGCUUUACCAGUUUGACUUCAUGGGGCUCAGAAACACUACGGAUGUCCUCACGACUACGGCUGGUGACUACGUGUUAAUGACCGUUUACUUCGACCUCAGCAGGAGGAUGGGCUACUUCACCAUCCAGACCUACAUCCCCUGCAUCCUGACUGUGGUUCUCUCCUGGGUCUCCUUCUGGAUCAAGAGUGAUGCCACGCCUGCAAGGACGGCUUUAGGAAUCACCACAGUGCUGACCAUGACCACGCUGAGCACAGUGGCCAGAAACUCUAUUCCUAGAGUGUCCUACGUAACCGCCAUGGACCUGUUUGUCACCGUCUGCUUCAUGUUUGUCUUCGCUGCCAUGAUUGAGUACGCCAUGCUCAACUACUACUCCUACAGUAUACGCAGACCUCCCCCAAAGAAGAGAAUGCCUUCUUCUUCUACUUCUACUUGUCACCUUUCUCCACCUCUUCCUCACUCUGUUGUUAGGACUCCUACUCCUGCACAUCUCCACAGUUUCCAUCUUGUCAUAAGUAGAAAAAAGGCCUACUCGUCUUUCAACAUGGGUCCCACCCCUCGGCCUAUGAUGCCCAUGGGCAACUCCUUGUUCUGGCAUGACUAUGACGACAGUUGUCUGCACGAGUGCCUGGAUGGAAAGGACUGCAAGAGCUUCUUCUGCUGCUAUGAGGAGUGUAAAGAAGGCGGCUGGAGGAAAGGACGGAUCCACGUCAACAUCCGUGAGCUGGAUGCCUACUCCCGGGUUUUCUUCCCCACCUCGUUCUUGCUCUUUAACAUUGUGUACUGGGUCAGCUACCUCUACCUCUAGUCUGUCUCAAGCCGUGAUGUGUGGGCACUGCUGAAACAGCCCGCGGCACUUUGCACCACGGCUUGUGAUUUGAGGUCAGUGCUAAACGUAGGGGAAGAAAUGAGGUGGAUCUGCUGUGUGGGACUUGUGAGGGACAUGCUGCCUCUGGAGUGAUAUGACGUAUUCAAAAAUACACGUGUGCUCGGGUGCACAGUGUAAAGGCCAUGAUACUUUGAGCAGUGCCACUCCACCGUGAAUAAAUCGCUCAGCAGUAAAAUAACAAGCCGCCAGCAUUAACUUGAAUGGAUGAGUCCCACUUAUGACUCUCUCAGAAACCAAACAACAGACAGCUGUGACUUCAGAGACAUUUGGGAACAGGGGUUGCAGAGCUGACUCUUGGUCGUGGAGAUGGCGAAGCACCCAUAGUGCCUUCUUUAGAAAGGGUGCGGCACCGAGAGAAGCAGCUUCAGAGUUCCCUUCAUUAUCUUUAUUACCUCAUCCAUCACACCGCCGCAUGCUGAGCUGUUUAGUCUUUGAUGAAACAAACCCAGAACACAGUUCUCACCACUGGAGAUGUUUAAAAACCAACGCUCACCAUUCAUUUCGUAGCACAUUAGUUUUAGUUGUACCCUAGAAUUAGUUCCCUUUUUGAAAAUAGUUGUUUUCUUGUUCUUCUUCUUAUUGGAACUAGUUGUUCUUUCACAGCAGGUCACAUCAGCUGUUACUUGUUAAAUAUGGGUUCAAGCCAGGGGCAGUGGUUGUAUGGUAAAAUCUUAUUUAUUGAGUCAGUGACUGUUUUGUUGAACAUGACUAUUUUGUUUGAACAUGCCGUUUACAGUACAUGCCAAGAAGAUUUGGGAGUUUUUAAUGAAUGCUGGGCUAUAUUCGCACACAACAACUAUAUAAAAACUGCAUAAUGUCUGCAGACUGAUCUAAAACUACCUGGGCAUAUUUUGUAUGUUGCAGUAAACAGAUUGGGGUUGGAGUACUGCUGCUUUUUUCCAAGAACACAUCAGUUUAAAAAAAAAGGUUGUUUUUUUUCUUACUUAAAUAGACUUUGAGUUUUUAAUAUAUCUUAUGCAUUACUUAGGCUUAAAGGAAAAAUUGGAUAUUUCCAAAAUUGUACUUUAUAUUCUCAAAUAAUGGUCUUUAUUUAGCUCUUUAUUUAGUUUACUAGUAGAAGACUUUUGGGGCUUGUAGGUUUAUUUUAGAGAGAGGUUUUAAUUCCAAAUGUAUCGUUAUUCUAGUAAAAGCAAAAUGAAUUUAAUGCAUUUACCUUUUGUCUAUAUUGGUUCUAUGUAUAUAAUUUAUAACUGAAAUAGAGUAACAAAAUAUUAACUGGCCUUUUUCCCUGAAUGACAUUAUCCCUCCUUAUUUUUUAUGAUCCAACAAUUUACUUGUGCUUCUUUCAGGAACACUUACUUUAGAGAAUGAAUAGCAUGACUUUCUUUGCCAAGAGUUCAUUGAGGAGACUAAUUAAUGUCUGAAUGUGAAAUUAGCAGCCAGUAGCUAGCAAGCCUGAUGCAAACACUGAAACUUGGGAGAAGCAUCCAGAUCUGCCUAAAGGGAUAUCUGCCAGUACCUGUAAAACUUACAGUUUUUGGACUUGUAAAUUCUUUGGCAACUAAAGACAUAAGUUAGCACUUUUACUCUUUAGGUUAAACAGUAACUAGUUAGCGAGUUUUACGUAGAGCUAUUAAACAAACUUUAGUCUUUUUGUUUUUUUCUGAGUUGACAGUUGUUAAAUACAGUUUAACAUUUGGCAUACCGAAAUGAGAAUAUACACUGUAUAUAAAAGCUAGCCAAGGGCCACUAUGAUUGGUUCAAGUUCAAUGUUGAACACAGUUCUCUCACCCCCCCCCCCGAAGAAUUGUAAGCUACAAAUGAUAUAGGCCUGAGUAAAGACAAAUUGUUGUGCCAAAAUGAAAAUAGUUAAACGGGUACAUUUUCGAUUUGGCCACAAGCCACUUAAACCCUGAAGAAAUGCAUAAAUGCUGCACCUGGCCCAUUCAGUUUCAGAAGUAUAGCUUGAGUGUAUUAAAUUGAAGCCCUGAUGAAAGCUUCAGUUUUGCUUACUUUUUAUUUUCAGUCGAAAAAUGAAAGGAAUCUCUGAUGUCCUGCCAGGCCCUUAAGGCACAUCGUCCUGUGCCCAGGUGGAAAUGAUCCCAGGUACUGUAAAAUAGGUUCUACAUAUUGUGAUAUCACAUACACAAAUGCACACACACAAAAACACACACAGAUGCUACAUUGGACAGUGCUGAAAAAUGGAUGAUACAAGAUUCUUUUUCAUGACUCUAAAUGGAGUCCCACAUGCCCUCCUCAAACAUUUAAAAUUGAUGCCAUAUGUGGAGGCGUGCAGACACACACGCUGGACUGGGCCAGUGGCAUUUCAGACAUGCUUUUGUUUACUGUAAGGUGUUUUUUGCAGUUGUUUGGCUUUGUAGAACAAUCAGCCCUUUUCCUCUCUCCUUCCCAACACACACACUUUUUCCCUGGUAUUUGUAUGUUCAGAGAAAAGCUUUUAUGUAAGUUGUAUCUAAUUAAUGUUUCUAUUUUCAUACAGGUAUAUAUGGAAUGUAUGUUAGGCCAGUAGCAAAGCCAGAGUCAAUCUGGUUUCAGUUCAGUCAGUUCGAGCAGCUUAGAUGAGUUUAUAUUUAAGGAUCCCACAUAUUUUAUUUAUGAGGCCUCCAAGAGCCAUUUGUGUCCUGUCCAGAGGUUUUUAAGUAAAAAUCAAAUAGCCUCAAGGUUGCUGGACAAAAAAACAGAACACCCAAUUAGUUGUGGGCCACAUCUUAUUCUGCUUAUUUAACUUCUUUAAUGUCCACCAGGUCAUUGGCAACCCAUCGAGGCUUUGGAAUUUUGAUUUUAGCCCAUGAAAAAAAUGUAUGGACAUUUUCAAAAACUAGGAGAUGUUAUAUUUCAAAUGACGUCUCAUAUAUAGAGGCAUUACACUUUUCCUUAUAAAAGAUUUAUCAUUUGGAUUUUCAAACAGUUCAACUUUCUAUACAAAGGAACUGUAACCCUAACCCUAGAAGGAACGCCAAUGACCUUGCGAUAGUUAAACCCUUAACCUCUACCAUCUUUCAAAUUAAAUCUCAUGGGAUAAUUUCCAUAGAAUUUUUUCCUAUUGGAGCUACCGUUUACCAUCAAAUGGUCUAGGGUUAGGGUUAUAGUUACAUUUUCCUGUAGCAGCACACUAAAUAGGUACAUUUUUCAGAACUAGAGCAUACAAGGGGGUACAUUAUCCCUACCCCUAAGGCUCACAGGUAACCAGGUCAGUAUUAAGUGGUUAAUACAUUAGCUCAAAAGAAAUGGUGACACAGCAUUAGUAGUUGAUGGAUCUAUGUAGUCUG